AUGGCCAAGCGGCGCGCGGAGCCGUUAGUGUGUCACGUGCCCAUCAAACGGCUCCUGCACGAGCCGCCGCCUCCGCCCCGCGCUGCCGCGCCCGACCGGCGCCCCCGGAGCGAAGCGGCGAGCACCGGCCCUGUCGCCUCGAAGCGGAAGCUGGAGGAGGCUGAGGCGCCGCCGGGCAAGCGGCCCGUGCUGCGGGGGAGCAGCCCCCGCGGGGAGCAGGGAGAGGUGGGGGGCAGGCGGCGGCGGCGCGGCGGGUCCGCCGCGCCCCAGGACGAGCGGACGGCGGAGGGACGCGCUGGUGGCCGGGGCAAAGAGCGGGCCGCUGCCGCUGAGCAAGAAGAUUUCUGUCAGUAUAACUCAUUCCUAUAUUGGAGAGCACCAUUGCCUACUAUUGAUUUGUCUGAUAUUCAGAACGUAGAUGGAGAGACUCCAUCAGAAGCUAAAACUCCUUCAAGGACUGAUACCAUGGAGACUGAAAUGGAGACCUGAUCACUCAUUUCAUAGUUGUGCAUCUGCUUGCAGGAAACUUGUUUCCAUUGGGAUUCCAGUUUUUCUACUUGAGAGAAAAAUAAGCAUGCUUCUGCCUUCUUGAAGAAACAGUGUUACGUCAGUCUACAAAAGCAAGUCUGAGUUGUCUGAGUGGAUGCGAUAAUCACUAUUAGGUACUUAAUACUAAGGUGUCUGGAGGUGUACAGUGUGGAGGAGGCUAUGAUGCCUAGCAAGAAUGCUUGACAACAUGGAAGCAGGCUAAAAGAAGACUUCAGAAAAUCAGAACUUUGGGAUGCGAUUGAAAGAAACAGGUGGAUAUGUUACAUGUCAGAAGGAAAUGGAAAAUCAUUUUGACUGUCCUGAACAAAAAGAUGUAACUGUGGUAGCUAAAAGUGAAAUAUUUAUCAUGUGAAUUCAUCAUAAAGCACACAAACUGUAGUGAUUUUUAAUGUGUUUUUGUCUGUGUAAUAGCUAAACCAAAAAAUAAGAGCUUACCAAAACCAGACAAAACAUUCCCUUUUCUAUGCAAACCAAAAACAAGUGUGGCAGGGAGGGAGAAGGAAAAAGGGAUCUUUAUUUCUGUAAGCUGCCGCUGUUCUGAAAGUUUUUUCAUAUUCUCCUUGUGAAAAAGCUUUUUCACCUUCUCCUUUUCACAUUACCCAAAGCAGUGGGCAGCCAGCGUUUGGGUUUUCGGCCCAUUCUCAUGUUAAUGCUGUUCUUACAUUCUGUGAUGUUAGCUCUGAACCAGUCAGUAGCAUCGAAACGGCAGGUGUGCGCAGAUGUGUCAAGAAGUGUUAAUACAAUAUGAAAUUAUCAUAUAGGCUUUUUCAAACUUAAUUGACUGAGGUGUAGUUUUUGUAGAGACUAUGGAUCUUGCAAAAAAUUUUUACUUCUGUUCAUUGAAUUAGUUUUUUUUGCUGUGAAAUACAAACUUAAUGCUUGUCUUUUGUAAUUUAUUUGCAAGUUGAAGUACAAUUAGAAAUACUUGUCUUUAGUAAUAGACUGAAGUUGUAUGGGCAGACUGUCAGACUUUGCAAAUGUGAUUUGUCUUUAAGGAUAGCAAACACUGUAUUUUUCCUGGAAUCAUCAUUGAAGAAGGCAACUUGUGAAUUUAUUUUUUUUUUCUUAAAUACUGUAUUUGCUAAAGGACAAUAAAGUUUUGCCUGUUUUAUUUGAAAACUUUGGGACUAUUACUACAUGAAGUUCCUGACUUUAUUUCUUAAGAUUGUUGCUUCUGUAGCUUUUUCUUUUUAUUAGGUCUUUUUGCUUAAAAUAGUCAGCUUGUCAGACUUCUUAGUAAACAUUUGGAAACUUUUUUCAGUAUUUGUGCUGUAAGGUAUCUGUAUUUGUUCAUUGCUUAUUCAUUUAGAUGGUUAGGGUCUCUUAGUACCCACAGAAGAAAGGAGGUAGCUCAGUGACUCAAGCAUUUCAUGGUGCUUGUUUGGAUAUGCUUCUACCUGCUAUCAGAUUUGCUGGAUACAUAUUUAAACAAUACUUAUUUUUCUCAGACAUUUGUAAUUAUACUUUUUAAAUCCAAAUACAUCAGCUUAUCUUAGGAAGUACUUUAAAAAUGUUUUUAAAAACGAACUCCUUUUCUGGCAAGAAUGCGA